AUGGGUACGGUGGUAAACGACUUGGGUUGUGUUGGUGGCGAAUUGACAGUGUAUGGAUUAGUAGUCAUGAACGUGUCUCCAAAUAGUCUUCCUCUUCAUCUAUUGUUCAACAUAAUGGUGACCUACAAGAUGGAUGGCAGAACAACGUAUUGUUACUAUAUUUCGCAGAAAUAUUCAGAAGAGCAGGUUGUGAAAGACAAUGUGUUGAUAUCGAAAGAGGGUAGUGCAUGCCCUGUAACGAUUCGUGUGGAUAUUGCUGAUAAAUUAGAGAAGAAUACACUCAUUCCACUGCGCUAUACUGCCACGCUAGACAGGUCAUCAGCUGAUCCAGAUUUUCGAUUUCCGGAACCCAUUGUGCGUGUCCCUGUGCCUGAUUAUUUGAUUGCUAGCACGAAUCAGACUUCAGGCGAGAACACGUAUGAUGUGGCUGUAGCCAAUGUGGUCAUGUGUGAUUGGCGCUCGUGUGACAUCUUUCCAAAAGUAAGCGAGAGCUCAACGGUCUACUCGUCCCGCGAUAAUCCAAAUAGUUUUACUGAUAAUGUAGUCGUCUUUGGCUCUGAAGAACUUGUCAUUCCGAAGGAUGGAAAGUACACGGGAUACGUGCAUAUUGUGGUAAGCGUUGGCGAUAAUGCCCGUGCCGACUUUGUGACCUUCUUUCCAGUUCAAAUUGGAGACGUCGCAGGGACAACGCCGGGUAGUAUUAAUACAGAUGGUACCACGACGUAUUGCUGGACGUCCCCUGAUGUGUCUGUGUUUGAUCCAAGUGUUUCUGGAGACCUUACUAUUCGUACGGGUGAAUACUGCCCCGGUACAAUGUCAAUGUCGCUUUCAUCCACGGAUGUGAUGGUUGGAGAUACUAUUGAUAUUGCAUGGAAAUUAGAUAUGUCAGAUUCAUCGACUGAUGACCCUACUGUUAUUGCCGAAGUUUCAACGAUUGACGCAAUCAGGAAUCCUCGAACUGAUGUUUAUUCGGUUGUACCAGUGUCUGUUUUCUCAGGUUGUCAGCGAAAUUUGGCUCGUGCCAACUGCUCAACGUACACAGGUGACGAAUCAACGACCUUUUCUAUCGCUGAAUACGAUGACAUGAAUCUUACAAGUAGAGCCGUCGGCUACUCAACUAGGUACACUUUUGGCAACUCGGGUCAAUACACGAUGUUUGGCCGUGUUGCCAUGGUUACUGUGGACGGUGAGCGACUUGACAUGGCUAUCUACUCAAGUGUGACAGCUUCUGUGCAGGGUGGUAGUAGUGGGAGCUACCUAUUUCUAUACGUAGGAAUUGGUAUUGGUGCGGUGAUAUUGCUGGCAGGUUUGCUCUUUUGCUACAUGAAAAAGCGGAAUAAUCAUGUAAGUACAAAGGAGAUUCCGUUUCGACAACCUAUGCGCGGCCUACAGAGAUCAAGUGACCACACUUUAGCCUCAUCAAACUAUUUGUCGCACAAGACACCGGCGACUCUGCAGGGUUUGGACUUGAGCGAUACUGGAAACACUGGUCCGUCUUACCUUGUAGUCAAUGCCGCCGAUAGCAGUAUCUUCGACAGAACGAUCAAUGCAGACACAGCUGCACUGGCACAAUCCAUGGAGAGCGGUGGAUCAUUCUCACUGAACCCUUACGAUCGUGCGAGCUUUACAGAUCUAGGUGCCGAUGUGGCAGGAUCUCGACAAUCUGAUACCAGUAAAUUUUCAUUCCAGUCUGGUUAUGAUGACGAGACAGACUGGGAAUUCGAUACUCGGCAAAUUCAAGGUAAUGACAGAGGCAGUAACUUUAGCGACUUCCCCUCGAAUCAAGGUACCAGCAUGCCUGCCGCUGCAACAUUUGAUGUGAACCGCGGGACCAAUAUGCCGAUCCUGGAAGAGGAUUUUUUAGAUGAGCCUCGCAAUGUCACGAACAACCAGCAGCCGUCAAACGGCCCGCGCAGCACUACAAGUUCGGGAUGGACUAUAAACUAA